AUGUCGAGGACGGCUGUGUCCCGCAUGUCAGCAUGCUGUUGGCGAUCUGUUUUUGCAGAGAUACAUCCGCAAAGACCAUUGUGUCGGUCUCUAGCCACGCUACAACGCGGACCCGUUGAGAAACUCGAGGUUCCGACAGAUCUGCCACCGCAAUAUUGGUCCCAAUUACCUGCAAGAUUGAAACGCGACAGAGGAAAGCGCGAAAUAGUCAUACACAAAUCUCCUCGAUCGGAAGCCGAAACCUGCAAAGAACCUAUUUCAGUCGUGGACAAGUCGCAGUUAGCGCUGCUCGACCCCACCGGCGCGAGAACGAAACUGUUUGACAAGACCAACAAGGACCGAGUGAAAGUCGGAGACAUUCUGCUCGCAACGUUUGCGUCCGGCGAGCCAGUAUCGGGUGUUAUACUUUCGAUCAAAGGGUCAGGCCCUCAUACGUCAGUGCUUUUACGCAACAAUCUGACUGGUGUUGGAAUGGAAAUGCAAGUCAAGGUGCAUAGUCCGCUCGUGCAGAGUAUGGAAAUAGCUCAAAGAGCACCUAAGAGGAAGAGGAGGGCCAGGAUCUACUACUUGAGGAAACCAGAGCACGAUAUCGGAAGUGUACAGAAAGUGGUGGAUCAAUAUUUGAGACAGCGGGCCAUGUUGACUGGUGGCAAGCCAGGAAGUCAGUUCGGUCGUUCAAGACCCAAGAAGGGCAAAAGAUGA